GCCCGAGCUCUUCCCGGCCGCGCAGCGCCGCCUCCCCGCGGCUUUCUGUUCCCCAGGACCAUGGGGCGCAAGUUGGACCCUACGAAGAAGGAGAAGCGCGGGCCCGGCCGCAAGGCUCGCAAGCAGAAGGGCGCCGAGACCGAGCUUGUCAGGUUCCUGCCUGGAGCGGCCGAGGCUGGUGAUGAAAUUUCCAAGAGACUGUCCAGUCGUGCUCGAAAGAGGGCAGCCAAGAGGAGAUUGGGGUCUGUUGAAGUCCCUAAGACGACUAAGUCUCCUGAGAUCAAAGCAUUACAUGGAGAGUUACCAAAAGGGGGCGUCCAAACUCCUGGUAAGAAGGGAGUCCAGGCCUUGGUUGACUCUGCUCGGGGCAAGAAGCGUCCAGCACCAGCACGUAGCAGCGCAGAAGAAGAGGAGCAGGAUGCAUCUGAGGACGAUGGUGUGAGCCGGGGGGACCUCUGGGGCUCUGAGGACAGUGACGCGGACAUGGUGGAUGACUACGGAGCUGACGCAGACUCAGAGGAUGAAGAUGACAAGUUGCUGCCCAUUGAAAGAGCCGCUCGGAAGCAGAAUGCCAAGGAAGCUACUGCUGGGGCCCUUUGGAGUGAGGAGGAGACGGAUGAAGAGGAAGAGGAGGAAGUUUCUCGUGGAUCGGGCCGCCCGGCUGCUGAUGAGGCAGAGGGAGGCCUGCAGAUCAAUGUGGGUGAUGAGGAACAGUUUGUGCUGCCCCCUGCCGGGGAAAUGGAGCAGGAUGCCCAGGCUCCAGACCUGCAACGCGUUCACAAGCGGAUUCAGGAUAUAGUGGGGGUGCUGCGGAAUUUUGGGGCUCAGCGGGAAGAAGGUCGGUCUCGUACUGAGUACCUGAAUCAGCUUCAGAAGGAUCUGGCCACUUACUAUUCCUAUGGAGAAUUUCUGCUCGGCAAGCUUGUGGAGCUGUUUCCUCUGUCUGAGCUAAUAGAGUUCUUAGAAGCUAAUGAGGUGCCUCGGCCCAUCACGCUCCGGACCAACACUUUGAAAACUCGACGCCGAGACCUUGCUCAGGCUCUAAUAAAUCGUGGGGUUAACCUGGAUCCCUUGGGCAAGUGGUCAAAGACUGGACUCGUGGUGUAUGAUUCUUCGGUGCCCAUUGGAGCGACUCCCGAGUACCUGGCUGGGCACUACAUGCUUCAGGGAGCCUCCAGCAUGCUUCCCGUCAUGGCUCUGGCGCCUCAGGAACAUGAACGGAUUCUGGACAUGUGUUGCGCCCCUGGAGGAAAAACCAGCUACAUAGCCCAGCUGAUGAAGAACACUGGCGUGAUCCUUGCCAAUGACGCCAAUGCGGAGCGGCUCAAGAGUGUUGUGGGCAACCUGCAUCGUUUGGGAGUCACCAACACCAUUAUUAGCCACCAUGAUGGCCGCCACUUCCCCAAGGUGGUAGGGGGCUUUGACCGGGCACUCCUGGAUGCGCCCUGCAGCGGCACUGGGGUCAUCUCCAAGGACCCGGCUGUGAAGACAAACAAGGAUGAGAAGGACAUCCAGCGCUGUGCUCACCUUCAGAAGGAGCUGCUCCUCUGUGCCAUUGACUCUGUCAAUGCCGCUUCAAAGACGGGAGGCUUCGUGGUGUACUGCACCUGUUCUGUCACGGUGGAAGAGAACGAGUGGGUGGUAGACUAUGCCCUGAAAAAGAGGAAUGUCCGCCUGGUGCCCACAGGCCUGGACUUUGGCCAGGAAGGUUUUACCCGCUUUCGAGAAAGGCGUUUCCACCCCACUCUGCGCUCCACUCGACGCUUCUACCCGCACACUCACAACAUGGAUGGCUUCUUCAUUGCCAAGUUCAAGAAAUUCUCCAAUGCUAUUCCCCAGUCUCACAAAGCUAAUUCUACUGCAGCUAACCCUACGGACCUAGACUUGCCUGGGCAGAAGGCUGCAGUCACCCCCAAGUCUGAGAACAGCAGGCAGCCUACCAAGAACGCCAGUGCGGCCGGGAAGGCGAAGCAGCAGCUGCCGAAGCAGCAGCCGAGGGCCGCCUUCCGGAAGCUCAAUGGCUGCUGCAAAGGGGCAGGCUCAGAGUUGUCCUCGGGCCCUUCCGUCACAAAGGUUCCCGCGUCUGCCAGCUUCCCAAAGAGCAGUCAGCCUGCUGCCAAAGCUGAAGUGAUCAGAGCACCGAAAGCGCCUGCGAAGCCAGGACGCGCGGCGCCCAAGUCGCAGCACUCGGAGAUGGGCGCUCUCCGGAGGCAGAGCGAGACUCCCGCCAGCCCUGGGCCCGGGGCUUCCGGCCUGCCCCUUGGGAAGGCCAAGAGAGCCAAGGUAAAGCGACGGCUGAAGGAACAGGCUUCCAAGGAAGCUGCUUCCCAGAAAGAGAACGGCAGCAAGGGGCCUCCGUGUGUCAGCGAGGCUCUCGGUUCCAGCGGCCCCCCUCCAGCGAAGAGGAGGAGAUCUGUGUCCAAGGGCGCUCGGCACGCGCUGCCAUCCUAGCGCAGGGACACCAGACUGAUCGCUCAUUGCCACUGGGUUGACCCUGCAAGGAUGGCUUCUGUGUAUACAUACGGAAUUUAAUACAUUUGUUUUCCUUUCUGA